AUAUCUGGUCUGAAAGGCAGGUUGAGGAAGGUUGACUACUGCAACAUCUUGGUCAGAGGUGCAGGGCUAGGUCAGUGUGUCUUCUGUGCAGACCUCCUUCCCCCUCUCUGAAACUUUGCUGAAUUACUCCCAAACAUCUGGUUCAACUGGAAGCCAAGGUCAAUCACUUCAUGUGGCUUCUUACUGGCAACAUUAGCAGUGGUCUUUGUACCCUUAAGCCAUGAUGAACACAACAGCAUGAGAUUAAAUCGAGCACAAGAGAAAACAAUGUUGGCAAGAGAUGGAGAGGCAGCAAACAAGAGAUGUAUGAGUGAAAAUGAAGACUACAGUUCUGAGAUUGACCAGCUCUCUCUGAAUCAGAAAUCCUUUUAUGAUGUAAGCCACGAUGCAAGACAUGACCCACUUCAUGAAGACUGCAGGGAUAAAGUUCAGUCUCUGAGCACCUCCGAAACCUCUAAGACGCCCAAGCUUGCCUUCAAGAAGAAUGUGGUAGUAUUUUCAGCCAAUAGGAAGAUUCUAAAGAAAAGGUUGAGUUUAAAUCACUUCAUCAUUGACCAUGACCUGGAAGCCACUGCUAAUGAUAUAGAAGAAGUAUCUUACAACUUUCAGAGCAGUAUGGAGUUCACCUUUGGGAGGAAAAUCAAACAGAGGUGCAUCAUGAACAAUGCCCUCAAUGAAAGCGUGAUUCGAUCCGCACCAGGUCAGCGGUACCUCAGGACAGCUGCACUACAGAACCUGGAUGAUGCAGUGAAAUUUGACAUAUAUGCGUACAGAUCACACGAGGAUUCUCAAUUUCCUGUGGCUCUAAGAAUCUCAGACACUCGCUUCUUUGUGAGUGCCCAAAAUGAAGGUCAACCCAUAUUGCUAAAGGAGAUGUCUGAGACACCCGGAAUGAUCAAACAAGAGACAGCUGAGGCCAGCCUCCUCUUCUUCUGGGAAAGUGAUGACUUGAAGAGCUUCUUCAAGUCAGUUGCCAAUCCAACAUUGUAUCUUGCCACGAAGGAAAAUGAGCUGGUGCACCUGGCACGUGGAAAACCCUCUAGUGUUGAUUUUAUGAUACUGGAAAUCUAGUCUUGACUCUGAAGUCAAUUAAACAUGUGAUGUGUAGACAGUCUGUAUGUACCAUGUACAUGAAGCAGUCAAAUUCUUCACUCUUAGUCAUUUGCUG